UUGUAUCCCUGCCUUUGCUUUAACGGGAAAGCCGGCAGCUCUCAGGAAAGAGUUAAGCCCAGGGAGGCUUUGGGAUCCUUUGCUGGGGAGAGGGCUGCUCUUUUGUUUGUUUUGAAGCCCUGGCAGGAAAGUGGGGAGGAGAAAAUUACCUAAGUGAUAGUGAGGUUGCCAUGAACCGGUAUAAAACUGAAAUCAAAUCAGAGAAACUCCACCUCGCAGUCUUGAACCAUAAGCACAACCCCUGAAGAGAAACCCACCCCACCACCGAGUGAUCUCAAAGGCUUGAACUAAACCCAAGCUACAUGAGCUCGGAGCUGCUGCAGGACUGAAAGCCCAAGAGCUGUCACAGCCAGUUUUAGUGGGAGCUGCGAGCAGGAAUGCUGUUCUUGGGAAGUUUAAGAAUAAUGAAGUGGAAGCAGCUUUUCUGGAUUGCGUUCUGUGUUGUGGAGUUGUCCGGCAACGCUUCUGGGAGCCCGACAGACACCCCCACACCAGCAGCCACGGCCACGGAGACGAAAGGCAUCAGCAGCGUGGCAGCCACCACAGCCCCCAGAGCCCCCAGCAGCGCCGAGCCGGCGGCAGAGACGUCUGCUGCUGCCGGGUCCCUGGCAGCCAGCCCCACGGCCCCAGGGCUCAGCAGCAAGCAGACGAGCCCACAGACCAGCCAAGCCCCCACACAGCUGCCAGGCACCCCCCUGGACCCGGACCACACGAGCGGAGGGGUCUCCACCGCCAAGAGCCAAGCAACACAACCCAGCAUGACGGCAGAAAUCCCAGGGUCCACGGCAGCUCUGGUGAGCUCUCCUGCCAGCUCAGAGCAUCCUCUCAUCUCGGCUGCCACCACGUCACUGCAGAUAGCCAGGGACAGCUCCAAGCUCAUCACAUGCCACAAUGUCAAAGAAGUGAGUGACACUGCAGCCAUCUGCUUGCAGCUCAACGAGUCCAACACUUGUAAACAUUUUUUAGAGACGAAGGGAUCGGACUUAUGGAGUGCAAUAUGUGAAGAGAGAACCCGGCCUGUUCCAUCCUCAUCCCCCUGCCAGAUAAAACUCGCUAAAUCUGAAGUGGACCGUGACUGUAUGCUCCUCAUCCUUGUCGGCAAGGGAGAUCCUGAUCAAAAUGUGCUCCAGAAGUCUCACUGGGAAAAGUUUGGAAUAAAAUCCCUUAAACUGGAGACCGUGAGGAACCAUCAGGACUUUUCGCAGAAGACCCUGAUUGCCUUGGUCACAUCUGGACUCAUGCUGGCGUUCCUGGGCUUGGCUGGAUAUUUCCUGAUGAAGCGGCGGAGCUGGAGCCCGGCAGGAGAGAGGCUGGCUGAAGACCCAUAUUACACAGAAAAUGGUAGCCAGGGAAACACGAUGCUGAUGAUGCCCCCCCAAGAACAACCUGAGCUGCAGGAGAAGCCAAACCUCAACGGUGGGACUCAGGAGAACGGGACUGGCCAAGCGUCCUCCAAAAACAGCCACUCUGCCAGGCAGCACAGCCCCGCCGACACCGAGAUGUGACCCGGCAGAGAAGAGCAUCCUUAGCGUGAACUGCAAGGGGAGCAGAGAGACAAAGGAGGGCAAGAGUUUUCUAUGGACAGUUAGGGAUUUGCAGACCUUUUUUUAUUGUUAUUAUUUCUGUGAAGAACUUCAAAAUCAGCCUAAAGCACAUUAAGCACCAGAGCUGCCAAAGACCUGCUUCUCUGCCUCCUCCUGCUUCCCCCAUUGACCACACAAGACACUUUUUCGCAGCUGUUCUCUGCUUUUGUUGUUAGAAGAACAUAAUGAGCAAUGCAAGUGCCCUUAGCCCUGAGCAGCUUUUAAGCAGAGGCAGACUGAAGCUACAGAAGCCUCGAGCCAGACUCCAGACAGCCAAAAUUUUUUGUGGCAGUGUGUUAGGCUGAUUAAAAUAGUUAAAUUGGGAUUUCAGUGACAAAAACCUCUCAGGUUUCAGAUAAUUUUGUUUAACAGAGUUGUUUUUAAUCUCAUCCUUAAGUGCAGGAUUUCUUCCUCUUUUAAGAACAUCACACUUAAUCCCCUCCUUGUGCUUUAGGUUGUCUUUAGUAUUUCCUACUCCAGCAAAAUUUGCUGAAGCUCUGUGAAAAACUUUCCACAUGGAAUUGCAGGCUGAAAUGUGAAUAGACUUCAGAAUUGUUUCCUUUGCAAUCCUACCAGUGCGCAGGUAGCUGUUUUAGAGUAAAAACCUUCCCCAGUCUUUUCACGUCGGGGACUGGAGAGAGUGUUUGACAAGGCAGAGCCAGCAAUCAAUUGCUGGGGUGAGAUGGGGAAGUUUGGAUACCGCUGUCGACAGCUCUGCAGACGCCGGGGGCUGGCAGCCCCACCGCCCACCCUCCCGCCGUGGGGGCUGGUGGCUCGGGUAGGACAUAAAAGAUGCCAAAGAGCUCCCAGCGCAAUGAGUGCUAGUCAGCAACCCGGCUCUGCUGCGAGCGCCUCUCCCUCUGCAUCAGCAGUGGGUACACAAACAAAAAAUUGUAUUUUCGCUUUGGUAAGUGAAGGCCAACACCAAAAUCCCAACAGCAGCAGCAGGUCCUACCUCGUGCUGCAGUGGUGCUGCGCCCGAGGCCCAGCGGUGCUGCCAGCUGCAUCGUGCAGCUCAGUGAGAGCAUCCUCCGGUGAGAGCCAGGGACCAGGGGCAGGUUUGUGCUCAGCCCUGAGCAAGUGCAGCUCAGUUUUGGGGAGCCAGAGCUGUGGGUUUUGCAAGCCUGGUGUUGGCGAUGAGGCUGCAGUUCAGCAGACGCUGGUCAGACCACAAUCUCUGCUGGCGGCAGCAGCGACCUCCACAUCCAAAAUAAGGACAAAAAUGGCCCCUGGAGCUGAUCUACCUUCUCACUAGUGGAUUUAUUGCAACCUUUUCUCAGUGCUGAACACCUGAGGGGAAGGCUUUUUUUUUUUUUUUCUGGUACAGCAAUGUCCGUCAUUAUCUGGGGCUGUUUUAUGAGCGCAAGAGUCAUUUAAACAUGGUUUAAAAUA